UGGCUUCACUUGGCAACUAGAUCCUCACCACAGCUCUCUCUCUCUCACACACACAAAAAAAAAAAUGGGGUGUUCUUGGCCGGAAAACUCGCCGUCGAAACCCAGAAAAGCGAUUGAAGAGCUCAUUCAAGGCCGUGAAUUCGCAAAUCAGCUCCGGGGACUGCUCAGUAAGUCGAUCGGAUAUGAUGGGUCAGCCCCGGAAAAAGAUCUCGUUCUCAAAAUCUUGAACUCCUUCGCAAACACUCUUUCGUUAUUGAAUUCUGCCGAGUCCGACGUCGACGUCGACGUUACUCAGGUUCAGCCCAAUACCCAAGCCAGUUCGCCUUGCUGGGAUGCGCCCAAGUCGGAAUCUUCCGGCGAAAGUUGUCGGAGUAUUUCAACGGUGAAGGAUCGGAGGGGAUGUUAUAAGAGAAGGAGGACUUCACAGACGAUAACUAAAGACACCCCAACUCUGAUCGAUGACGGCCAUGCAUGGAGAAAGUACGGACAAAAGGCGAUCCUUAAUGCUAAAUACCCAAGGCAUUAUUACAGGUGCACUCAUAAACAUGAUCAGGGAUGCCAAGCGGCCAAACAGGUGCAAAGAAUCCAAGAGGAUCCGGUAAUGCACAGGACAAUAUAUAUUGGGCAUCACACGUGCAGAACGUUCUCAAAAGUGCCGGAAUUAAUCUUGGAUGCUUCUCCUGAUGAUUCUCCAUUUGUUCUAAGCUUCGACAACACCUUCACAAACAAACACAACCACCCAUUUCUCUCAUCAUCUUUCCAAUCAGUGGUCAAGCAGGAAUACAAGGAGGAGAUGCCCGCCGCCGAUGACAUCACCCACAACAACCAAUCAUCAUCGUCUGAUUAUCUCGUGUCACCGGAUGAGACGGCACUCGAAUCAUUCUACAACAGCAUCACUGACUUAUCAUCAUCACCCAUUGAGUCCGAUAAUGGGGAUGGUAUUUCUAGGACCUUGGUAGGCUCGGCUGACUUUGCCGAUGCUGAUCUGCUAUUUGAAUUUUGAUGGGCGCAUGCCUUUUUUUUUUUUAAGGUUUAUGUAGAAAAUUAGAAAAUUAAUGUAUGACUAGUAAAAAAAAAAAAAAAAAAAUAUUUUCUACUAGUUGGCACUUGGCAGCUCCAUUAAUUAGUGUAUAAGAUG